CGAUAAUGCAGAAUGUGACCGCUUGAUGUUGUUUAUUAGUAACAGUAUUCAACGACCAAGAUUUCUGCUUUUCUGUCACUGGCGUUUUGAAAUAAAUAGUUGGAAAUAAACAUGAAACUUUUUGUUGUUUUGUGUGUGGUUCUUUUAGCUCUUGACGCUGUCUCAGCAAAAAACAAGCCCGAAAACGAAAAAAAGGCCAAAUCGCUAAAGAAAGUAUUUAAGGAAUGCCAGAAAAAUGAUGCAACUAAAAUUGAUAAUUCCAUUUUGAAAAAACUGAAAAAACACAAACAAGUUGACCUACCCGACAAUUACGGAGAUCACAAGCUUUGCAUUCUAAAAGGUUUGGGGUACAUCAACGAAUUCGGCAUGGUAAUUGAAAAAAAUUUGAAAAAACGAGUUACCAAAAAAGCUGAAGUAAAUCAGGAUAUAGAUGCCAUUGUCUCAGAAUGCAAAGUUUCCAAAGCAACACCAACGGAAACAGCUUUAUUUUUCGAAACUUGCUUGACUUCGCAUAGUAUUACCCUUUAAAAUAAUUACCUUAUUGAUGCAACAAUGUAUAUAAUGCUUAUUUAAAUAAUUUUAGAAAGCUGAGUUUGAGAAGCUCUAGCUAAAGUAGGUACUAUCGCAACAUUUUAAAUUAGUAGGUAGUCUUCUACAAUAUGAAUCAAUAAGGUCCUUUUAAAGCCUUUUCAUGUAGGUAUAUCUAUGAUGUUUAUUUAUCUGAUUAAGAUUAUGUUAAGUUGCAUUUGAGUUUUAUAGAAAAUUAUUUUUUUUAAAUGCUGGGUAGUUAAGCUGUAAUUAUAUUAUGCUAAGUUUUAAACAAUAAGUUAAGAGAUAUUUUUACAAAUAUGGUGAUCACUAAAGUGAAUCGAAAAUAUUAAACACAGAAUAAAAAAUAUUAUAAAAGCGAAACGAAAUUUCAUGUGUAUUUAAGUGAAUAUUGUACCAAUUUAUAACAAAAUUUCAUAUUAUUGUCAUUGAAAUUCUGUUAUAGAUUGGUUAAAGCUAAGUGGUAUUAACAGAAAUAACAGGCUAAAGAAAAUAAAAUAA